GGAGGAGGAAACUAGGGAGAGGGGCGGGAAGGAAUGCGAGGGACGACUAGGAUGCAUGACAGAGGUGGAAAUUUUUUCCCUCACACAAAAAGGAGACAGUGCUGACCCUGCACUCGAAUCAAACAAGGGCGAUUGAACGACGCAGGCGCUGCCGCCUGCGUUACAAUUCUCCAUUCAAUUAUUCCCGGAUGACACCAGUGGUGCCGCGAGGUGAAUUGGAGCGGGUCGGAGUCUUUCGAAGGGGGAGAUGUGUGUACCUCAAGUGGACCGGAGCAAACUCGGCGAUCCCUUGUCGUACACUCGCCCUUGAACAAUUUGAUCCUAAACUCCUCCGAUUUCAGCCUUUACUGUCUGCUACCAUGGUCCUGGAUCGGCAUGCAGAGGCUCAGCAGCUUCAGCGCGUAUCAUCUCUCAUUGCAUCGGUUUUUGCCAAAGAAACA